GCUCGGAUAAAGCACUCGCGCUCAAAUUUAGAAGGAAAGAUGGUGGCAGUGCUGUAGCGGAAAAAGUAAAUAGGAUAUUCGAUCGAGAUGACUUCGCAAAUCUUUUCGUCUUUCAUGUACAGAGCUGGAGCCCUUAAUCAGAAAAUGGAAUGAUAAAGAUUUUUGGACCUAUGAAGUUGACUAGAUAGAGACCACAAUGGAUAAGAGUUACAUGGAUGAUACGAGUGAUGCUGUUUCGGGUAUUUCCCAGGAUAGACUUAGUGAUGACACCGAUUUUCUUAUUGGCCACAAUGUCUCAUUAAGCAACUUGAAUGACAGUUACCUUGAUGACAGAAGUUCAACUACUACUGAUCUACUAUAUCAACAACAAAUAAAUGAUGCUGAAGUUGGAGUAAAGAAGCUUACAAGCCCCCCAAAAUUCACAACAAACAGCCCUUCACCUGUAAAGGACACAAAGUUACAAACCAAUCCAAAACUGCAUGCAAAAAGUAGAGAUAUUUUUAUCGAGGAAGAUUUUUACAACACCAAUCAGGCCUUUGUAAAAGAGAAACAGUCCAAGUUUGGGAAUGGAAAUAGCCACAUAGAAGAUGCUAAGCCUAAUGAUAACAACAAAAUUUUCAAGAUUUUAGAUUAUGAAGUCAAAGAAGAUAGUGCUUAUAAAACAACCAAAGACAAAACAUUUUCAGAUGAUGCCAAAAAAUCAUCAGAUGCCUUGAGUAUAAGCAGAAGCUCUAAAAAUUCUUCAACAAACUGGAAAUACAGAUCAGUUGAUGUUUCACUGGAUGAAGACUCUGUUGCUGAAACCAGAAAUGUUAAUUUGAAAAAUGAGAGUUUUUCUGAGUCUUUGGCAGCAGAUCUACCUGAGUAUGAUCCAAAAGUCAAAGAAGGGGAAGAGUUAUUAGCAAGACUUCUUGGAAGGGUAACCUUAACAGAAUCCUUGAAAUCAGUUUCCACAAUAAAGAACGAACAGAAACAAUCCUAUGCAGAACAAAGAACGAGGAAUACUGCUGUAUCUGCACCUAUGGAGAAGCCAGUUACUACUUCACCUCAAAGAGGAAGCAUAGGCAGCAAUGAUGGCCCAGUAUCUGAAAGCAGAACCUCAUUUGCAAGCUCAGGUAGAUAUAAAGAGGAAAUUAAAACAGAAUGGAGGCGAGGGACAAAAGUCCGAUCAGUGGAAAGUCGAGCAAAGGAAGAUGCAAGAAGUGCAACUAGUCUAUUCAGUGACAGAAGUGAACGUUCAAGGGGCAGUACUGCAUCUUCACAGUACAAUGAAGACGAUCUUAACAACCGAAGUAGGUCGUCUUCUUCGGAGAAGCACCAGAGGAAUCAAGCCGAUGUCUUGAUAGCUACUUCGACGCCACAUAAAACGAGUUGGCCUGUUUCCCCAAUUAAAAGACCACCAAACCGCGAGGUUGCGGAAUCAGAGCAUCUUUUGGUUAAGACCGAAGUGAGGCUAAAGGAACUGAAGGUUGCAAUUGAACAAGAGACUUUGAGGAAAGAGGCAGUUGUGCGCGAAAAGAACGCAGCAGAAGAGUCGCUUAUUCAGGUAAAAAAGAAUAUCCAGUCUCUAGAGCAACUUGCAGAAGAGCACAGAAAACAAACGGUAGCUACAAGAUCGGAGCUCAUGGAUUUAGAGCAGCAAAGGAACGAAAGCCAAAGAAAACUGAACGAAAUAGCCGAGGAUUUGAAAAGACAAAAGAAGGAAUUGGAGUCUUUGCCGGAAGAGCUGAAGCAGUCAAACAUCAGUGCAAAGAUAGCACUACUUCAAGAGGAGCGGGAUGAGCUGAAACGCGAAUGUAAAAUUUUGCGAGAGAAAACUAAAGAUGUUGAUCACGUUAACAGCACUAACAUGGAAUUAAUGAAGAAAUUGAAAGUUUUACAAGAACAACUUUAUAAUGAGCAGGACUCAAGUCGCGAAAAAGUCAGAGCAAUUCGUGAGGAACUUGAAACUGAACGGCGGAAAGCUGUGGAGGCGAAUAUCGAACAAAUGAGCACGGUGCGGAAAAUUAGAGAAGAGACGAUGGAGGCGAAAAAGGCGGAUGUCGAUGCAGUAAUUGAGAAAUUGGAGAAGGAAAAGCUGGAUGAAAUUGAAUCAAUAAAUAGCCGCUUUCAACAUGAAAUAAAAAGAUUGUAUCAGAAAAUCGAGGAACUUGAAGAUGAAAACCAGAAAUUGAUAAGCUCAAACUCGGAACGUCUGAAUAGGAUACAAGAACAGUCAGAUAAUAACCAUAAACGCGAGAUCGAAAGUAUAAAAAAGAAGUUGAAAAAUGAACACGAAAAUGACAUUUCUAUAUUGUCACAUAGACAUAAGAGACAAAUCGAAGAAUUGGAUACACAAAUCAAGACAAAACAGUCAGAAGUUGAUAAUUUGCAAACUUUGUUGAACCAACAAGCAGAGGCAACACGAUUGCUCGGAGAAAAAUUGCGAAGUGAAGCAAAGGAUCAGAUUUGUUUGGCUGUUGAAAAGGAGCGCCAGUCACGCCUUGAGGAGCUGAAAGAAACCGAAUUAGAGCUAGAGAAGGUGAAAGAGGAGAGGGAUUUGGCAUCGUCAAGGAAUAACGCAGAGAAUGCAAAUAAAGAGAAUGAAUAUGCCCGUCUCAGAAAUCUGAUCAACAAAUUGAAAAAGGAACUAGACGAUGCUAGACAAGAAAAUUAUGAAACUCGAGAAGAAAAAUUCCAAGCUGUAUCGAAGGCAAGGGCCGAAAUGAGGGAAGAAACUGAGAGACUAAAAAUUAAGUUAAGAGAGCUUGAGAAAAUUGAGCAGACAAUCAUCCUGGAGAUUAAUGAAGAAUGCUUAAAAACGGGUGCUGUUACCGGCGCAUCAUACCCUACUGUUAAGCGGAAUUACUCAUUUGAUGCAGAAGACGGGGGUCCGCUUGGAGAAGCAUUGGCCGCUUUACGCAUGUCCAACAAUGAUCUGAGAAGGUUGGUAAUGAAAUAUAAAAAGAGGUUUGAAGAAUCCAGAACUUCGGAUGAAAGCUUCAACCAGACAGCUAAGUCAGACCGCGAUUCGUCUAUAGAAAGAUCCCGAACACCGGACAGGGCACGUACACCGGACAGGGCACGUACGCCGGACAGAAUGCACACACCAGACGGUUCUAAAGGAACAUUGAACGGUUCAUUCGAUGAAUCACGGUCAGCAAGAAUCCUAAAGCAUUUGCAGUCAAGAGUGAAGCAGCUCAGACAAGGAAAUGAAUCAAUGAAAAAGAGCUUUGGAAGCGAUGAUUUAGAAAACGAACUGGAGAGUACAAAUGAAUCAGUGACCCAAGACACGAGUGAGAUGAAUACCUCUUUUCCGAAAACAUCCUUGGAAACGCAAAGAUUAGAAGUAGCUCUUCAGAGCGCUGAAGACCAAGCACAAAAAUACGCCAACAUGUUAAACCAGAAGAUUGCAGAAAAUACAAAACUACAAAAGAUGUUGACCCAAGCUUCAAAGGAAAAUAUCAAGCUGGAACGACUUCACUCAAUUUUGCAGCAUAAAGUUGCCACCAGUACUGCUAUGUAAAUUAUAGACCAUUUCACACUGAGUCCUGAUGCGUUCGAAUAUAACUGAUUAUAGUUAUCAAAAGCUUUCAGCGUUGUAUGUCUUCUUGUAUAAUUUUGCGGAAAACUUCAGUAGAAUAAGAUUUAGUUGCUUUCAAGUACCUAGGAGAAGUUUCCUUUGUAAUGUCUGUACAUAGGCUGUCAAGUAACUUGAGCUGGUAAAUAAAGUGGUAAGUGGUUUGUAUUUGUAUUUGUUUGGUUUGGCCUUGUAUUCAAACAUAUUCUUCCGCAGUACAUUAGGAUCCCGAUUUACCAAAAACCGUUUAUAAAGUGAAUUUCUGGGUAUAAUGAGCUAAACAUCUGGUGCCACUAAUCCUGAUAACCUAGCUGAUAGUGCCAUAAGUUAAGGCAUUCCAAUUCUUUUUAAUGCUUAACAGAACAGUGUCAACCAUUCAAAAGCUCUGAAAGAUUUUAUGCUUUCCCAAACAUGUAAAUUCAUUGGAUUGAGCUAAUGCAAAUAUGUAUUCCCAUUUUAGGUUUUAAACGUGAUAAAAUAUCACUUGAUACGAAGCUUUAAAAUCUAGAUGCAAGAUAUUUUCUUGAGUAACCAGCAUUGAACCUUAAAGAACAUAUUAUACACUCCAGUACUGUUAGUUUUCUUUUAAGAGGAACAGGCCCCAUCUUUACUUAUCUGUAAGUAACACGAUAAAAGAAGUAAUUUUUUUAUGCAUCAAUUUUUAUAUACAUUCUUCGUGUAAUUUUACGUAUCUCUCCUAUUUAUUUUUAUUGAUUUGAUUGAUUUUAUUGUGAUUAUAGAAUCCUUUAUUUCACGAUCCAUAAUAGAUCUUUUUUUAACAUUACUAUUUGAUUCCAGCA